AUGAUUGCAACUACUGUUUUCGGUCUUAUGUUGAUGCAUGUGGGAGCUGCUUCCAGUGAGUGCUUACCUGCCAAUCAUUGUCUAUCAAAAGACCUUCUGGCAUCUGUUCUUUUUAUUUUAUGUUUCUUUCAAACAUAACUUUUAUUGCUGAGAUGCCUACACCGAGAAAAAGAAGAAAGUCAGGGGUUUGAAGAGUAGAUGCUUUUUGAUCAAAGAGUCGCUUGAAAGUGUCUUGCGACAAUUAAAGGAUCAUCUGAAUACAAAUCCAAGUUUGCAGUCCAAUCGUGUCUAUUCCUCCCCAAUGUAAUGUUGCACGGUGGAACGGUGGACGAGUUCCAGACGAACGAUAUCACACAAUGUUGCGUGCAGUGCUCGACGAGAAGUUGCUGUGUCGCGUACACCUAUGACAGCGUCAAACGAAGGUGCUCUCUUGGAUGUUUUGGAAACAACAAUAUGUUUCGGUUUUCAGGUGCUACCUUAAGAAUGCUAUCGGAUACUCAUCCGAGGACGGUACAAAGACCAGCGGACUGAAGCCGAAUUCGCGUUUCGGUUCGUUCCAAUUCUUAAGAUAUAGAGACUAAAUGCUUCCAGGAAAAGGUGUGACGCUGAAGAACGUCAAAAUCCUUGGCGACCAGGCAAACCGCAUUGAGCUGCGAUCGGAGGAGGAAUGUCGGCAGUACUGUACCGGUCAGUUUUUAUUCACUUUGGGUUUGUAUGUCAAAAUAAAUGCAUUGUGUUAAACACCCGAAGGCCUUCCGGUUGCAUAAACGACGUCUAAAAAGCAAUUCGCGCAUGCGAAAGUAAACUUCCGACUGCGUUUUAGAAAACCUGUCUCUCUUUCUCUCUCUCCACAUCAGGGAAAGAAGACCUCCAUUCUAAUUGAAGCCUAUUCGGUUGGUUCACUCUUUCAUUCAUCUCCAUCAUCACCUCGCCGUGUUUUGUUUAAUCAAAUCAGGAAUUUGCACGGUGUUGAUUAUUGAUGGAAGAGAAGAGGACACGAAAAUCGAAAUGGAGAGAAAGAAGAAGGGAGAGAGGGAAACAGAGAGAAAAGAUUUUUACUUUUUGCUGUCUGACCUGUUGAAACUUGGAUCAAGCAGCUGAUGAUGACUGUGACAUGACUGGUUAGUUUUCUAUGAUAAAUCACUGUUUUAUCAAUCAGAUAAGAAUACUUCUCAGCGGAAGUUUCCUCGUGGUCACCAAAAAAGAAGAAAGAGGAAAGGGAAAAAUUUAAAAGGAAUAAUGGCUAAAUAUAGAAGUUGGACUACAAUAGAAGUACAUAAACAAUCGCGAUGAACCCGUUCCCCGGUCAACGAAGUCAACGGCCUACCAACUAUAGUUGUCCUAUUACAGCGUACCAAGUGUUCUCUUGGUCUCCGCCGAACAACGAAGAAGAUGUGAGAAGUGGCGAAUGUGCGUGCACGAUGAGAAUCAAGACUCUUAGCUACGAAUAUGGAUGCGUCUCCGAAAUCAACCCACCCCAAGCGUGA